CCACUUGCGUGCUGUUCCUUAUUGAAGCCCACUGGGCGAUAGUACCUAAUUCAACAAUAUGCUCAAGCCACAAGGCGUACCUGUUCGCCAGUGGGUUGCAAUCGCGGACUCAACAUCGAGCAAAUGGAAUCAAGGAGCAAUAGCGAUCAGGUCCGCCAGACACUUUUCUUCAUCGUCAAUCAGACCAUCUGAGAAUGAUGGAGACUCAAAAGCAAAGCAAAACCGUCUAAGCUCCCUUCACGAGAUCGCCAAAAAGCAAAUUGAUAAAGCUUUUUCUCAAUCUUCUUCCACCCCCCUCAUCCGCCGUGUAUCUGAUGACCCACAACCCCUUACCCCUCCCCAUCAACGGCAACGGCAACAAUUACAGUCCCAGCAGCGUCGACCACUCGAUGCCCGCGCUCUUGGCUCCAGGCUUAAUAAAGCGGGCGGAAAGCCCACUAACAUCCUUCGCGCUCCUGCAACCCUGAGAAGGCCAGGUAAUAACCUCGGCGGAAUUAGAGCCCCUAAGCGCCCCGCAACAGCCCGCCCGGCCCGCCGCAAGAAACUAGAUAAGUCGUCCAGAAGCGACGACGGUAGUGGGUGGUCUGGACAGCGCGAGAUGUCCAAGGAAGAACAGGAAGCGGAUGAGAAGGCUUUUCUUGAACAGUGGGAGCGCGACCGUCCCAAACCUGUCCGCUAUAACCCCCAAGGUUACAAUAUCGAUAACCUACAGCGGACUUGGCCCGCCUUGCCAAUGGGUGUGACGGGCCCUAAGGAGGCCUUGCAUGAGCGCCUAGCGUGGAUGAGUGAGCGGUACCCCAACGGUUUCGAGCCGACGGAUCUUCUGGCCCAACGUAUUCAUCAAGGUAAAUGGACAUAUUUCUACAGCGAGGAAGAAAAAAAUGAGGCGGUGGAGCUGGCACGGAAAAUUGCGGCGGAGCGCGCGGAUAAAUUGACGGAUCGCAAGGGAUCCCUGGUCCAGCCAGAGGACAUGUUGUUCGAGCCUGUGAACGAGACGCAGAAGCAGCAACUGGUUUCACGACUUGUUUCGGGUGAGUAUAAGUCUGAACAGGCGCGCUGGUUGGAAGAACAUGGAGCAAGACACCCAGUUAUGAAGGAUGUUUUGAGAAAUUUGGCGAAUAAUUCGACAUGGCAGUCCCCUCAUAAAACACAAUUUUUGGAGGUGUUGUCGAAGUCGUUGCCGAAGCCUAAGGCUGUGCAGGCCAAAGUGUAGGCC